CCCCAUGUAGUUCUUUAAAAUUCAGAUUUGAAUGUUGAGUAAACCUUUUCCUAGAACUCUCUGAUUUCGUCCCUUCGAUCUAUAUUUCUUCUCCUUGAUACCCGAUAUUCUUCUUUGUUCUACUGUUUCUGCCCUUUAUCUCGUCUUUUCGAUCUAUAUUUCUUCUCCUCGGUCUCUUAUAUUCUUCUAUGUUCUAUUGUUUAAGUGCUUAAUCUAAUACCUACGGGCUGUACUACAUCAAUUGGUAAUCAGAGCCUUCCCUCCCUUUCGCUUGCAUUUGCUCUCUGCCAUGGCACCCCAAACCGUGGCCAACCUUGCAGAACAAUGUCAUGCGUUCCAAGACAAGGUUUCUGACGACAUCGCUGGCAUAAAAACCCAGCUCUCCAAGUUCAGCACUGACCUCAAAGAACAUCGUGCGACGACGGACCUCACCAUCGCCAAACUCCAAGACUCCGUUCAGAUGCUUCUCAAUCACUUUCGGCUUGGAAUGAUUGAGCCUUCUUCUACCUCAGCUGUGCUCUCAAGUUCGUUUACGCCGCUGCCAAAAGGUGGCCUUCUUCCCAAUCCACCGCUGGAUCAAAAACUCAAGGCCAAGCCACAAGGUAUUCCAAAUCAAUCAACGGGAUUAUCGAUUGGCAUGCCCAAGGCUCAAUUGGAGCCCAUAUUUUAUUUUGGUUCUAUGCUGCAGCCUAACCAUACCCAACAUACGAUGGGUUCUCCUCUAGUUGACGACAACAUUCAUGUCCCUACUCCGCCACCCCGACCACACAACAAGAACUUCAUGCACCGACCCUUGGAUUUUGAGAUAACCCGACAUGCCAAGCUAGGUGUUUUUCUUGAACCAAGGCACUCUAGCGACGACUUACGAACACAAUGGAUUGAGGGUCUAUCACACCCACACACGCGCUUGCAUUCGUUGGCCGAUGACGUUCGUCAUGGGUCUAGGCAGAGCUCUCUAUUUGCCAUUCUUACAAGGACUAAUGUUCCAUGCUUGCGGAACGGCUGGUUUCAAGGUGGCAAAUAUGAUGCUGAUCUUGAAGACCUAAAAAACGCAACUUGCCUCUUCACACUUCCUUGGGAUUUUGAUUUUGUCGCUGUUUACUCGUCGGAGUCGAGUUCUUUUCGGCGGAAGAGAAUGAUGCAGGANGCAUAUGACCUAAAUUUAUUAGUUUCCUAAUGUAUUUGUUAGUUUCCUAGAUUCUCUAGUUUUCCCAAUUCUAGUAGGAUUUCUACUUUUCCAGAUUUCCAGAUUUCUAGUUUUAAGUUUCCUAUUUUAUUUGGGUUAGGAUUUCUGUUUAAGCAAGAGAUUUUUAUCCUAUUAUGUCUAGGUUUUAGUUUGCUAUAAAUACCCCCCAUGUAGUUCUUUAAAAUUCAGAUUUGAAUGUUGAGUAAACCUUUUCCUAGAACUCUCUGAUUUCGUCCCUUCGAUCUAUAUUUCUUCUCCUUGAUCCCCGAUAUUCUUCUU